ACCGUUCAGAGUGAAGACAGGCAUUUCCAUCUAUCUCUGUAUUUCCAUAUCUUGUCACAUUAUCUUACCAGUCCUUACAUUAAUUCCAUAGGGUAGAUACUAAUUAUCUUAGUUUCACAGUUGAGGAAACUGAAUUUGCCCUAAUAAGAGGCCAAGCUGGGAGGUGGCCUUAACAGUAUUUGACUUCAAAACCCAGACCUGUAACCUCUAUAUUCGCCGCCUCAUUUUCUUAAAUUUAACGGCAUGCUAUUUCCCCAUGUUUAACCACCAUUUCUGAUUCAUUUACUCAGCCAUUUAUCCAAUAAAUAGAUAUUGAGUUCCUGCUGUGUGUCAGCAACUAAAGAAGCAAGUAAAUAAAAAUAAGCCCCUCCAUGUGCUACGCAGAAGAUGAAAAACUGAGCGGGUCUAUUCUAUCAGUAGUUCUGGGAGCCCUGACCACACCACUCCGAAACACGUGCACAAACUGCUCUAAUUGCGCUCCCAGCCAGCCUCCCGCGAGGCCUUCCCUUCUUAUCCAGAAACGGGAUUUUGCACUUCAACCGGACUUCUACCCCGAGGGGUUUCAGCUGUCACAGACCAAGACUGGGAAGGGUUGCGCCUGGCUCAGACCAGGCUCAAGGCGGCAAGGGAACACAUCUUCCUGCACCCGGCGGAACGUUUUCUACACCCAAGUGGGGAGACCCGGCCUCAAGGAUGUUCUCAGCAGGGGUCGUACGACCAGGUGCAAACCCCCACUCAUCUUCCGCGUGGAAGUCGAAACGAACGUCACGUGGUCCCGGGGCGGGAACAUAGGCCCCGCCUCUGAGAGUCCCGCCCCCGGACGCCGGAAGCGCCUGCGCGGGGCUGCGGAGUCGCGGGGUUGCGCGCCCUUGGACCAUGGCGACCCAGACGAAGCGCCGGCGGGUGGCAGGGCUUGCGGACAGCGAGGACCCGGCCCCGGUGGCCGGCUUCCUGAGCUGGUGCCGGCGGGUGGGACUGGAGCUGAGUCCCAAGGUGGCGGUGAGCCGGCAGGGCACGGUGGCCGGCUACGGCAUGGUGGCCCGGGAGAGCGUGCAGCCCGGGGAGCUGCUGUUCGCGGUGCCGCGGGCCGCACUCCUAUCGCAGCACACCUGCUCAAUCAGCGGUCUGCUGGAGCGAGAGCGAGGCGCGCUGCAGAGCCAGUCGGGAUGGGUGCCGCUGCUGCUGGCGCUGCUCCACGAGCUGCAGGCCCCGGCCUCGCCCUGGAGCCCCUACUUUGCGCUGUGGCCCGAGCUGGGCCGCUUGGAGCACCCCAUGUUCUGGCCAGAGGAGGAGCGCCGGCGAUUGCUGCAGGGCACCGGCGUACCCGAGGCUGUGGAGAAGGAUUUGGCCAGCAUCCGCAGCGAGUAUUAUUCCAUCGUGCUGCCCUUCAUGGAAGCCCACCCCGAUCUUUUCAGCCCCAGGGUGCGCUGUCUGGAACUCUACCGCCAGCUCGUGGCUCUUGUGAUGGCCUACAGAAUUGUCUUCGGAUGGUGGCCACUCAGCCCAUUCCUAAAGGCCAUGAGAUUUUCAACACUUACGGGCAAAUGGCUAACUGGCAGUUGAUUCACAUGUAUGGUUUUGCUGAACCGUAUCCUGACAACACGGAUGACACGGCUGACAUUCAGAUGGUGACGGUUCGUGAAGCAGCGUUACAGGGAACAGAAGUUGAAGCUGAAAGGCUCCUACUGUAUGAACGCUGGGAUUUCUUAUGCAAACUGGAGAUGGUAGGGGAAGAGGGAGCCUUUGUGAUUGGGUGGGAGGAGGUGCUGACAGAAGAGGAACUGGCCAUGACACUCAAGGUACUGUGCAUGCCUGCUGAGGAGUUCAGAGAAUUUAAAGACCAGGAUGGACGGGGAGAUGAUAGAAGGGAAGAGGACAGCCUGACAAUCACAAAUAUCCCUAAACUCAAAGCAUCAUGGAGACAGCUUCUUCGGGACAGCGUUUUGUUGACCCUGCAAACCUAUGCCACAGACUUAAAAGCUGAGCAAGAUUUACUCAGUAAUAAGGAGGUCUACGCCACACUCAGCUGGAGGGAACAGCAAGCCUUACAGGUUCGUUAUGGUCAGAAGAUGAUCUUACACCAAUUGUUGGAACUGACAAAUUAGCAGGUUCCCUUUUUCCUGAAGGAAUGUCCAGAAGAAGAACUUUCUGCUAAGCUGGUACGCACUGAUGCUUGAAAAGAAGGAUAAUUUGGACCUUUUGUUUUGCAUUUCAUACUAAAUACCAAAAGGAAAAGUAGCAAAACUGUUGUCUAGGAUGAAUUCCAAGGUAAGAGUGACAUGCUGAAGGAAACAGUAGACGUGGGAACUGCUGCUUAUUGUUAUGAACACUAAUAAAUUUUAUAGCUGUUUGGUUCUCAGUAUGAUCCAAAGUUAGCAGAAAUGUGAUAGUGAUACAUUUUGUUGUAGUCUGGCAUUUAACAACAUGGACUUACUUUGAAAGUAGACCUGGUUCAAAUCCAGGUCUAUUUUGAACAAGUCACUUUCCCUUUUUUAACAACUGUUUCCUGUUGGAGGAUUUAAUAAGCUGUGUCACUGGGACUCUGAGCAAUUGUUUGUUUAAAUUCCUUAAGCAGCCUAGAUGGCACAACUCACCCUUAAGACACCAAUGACAUUCAAGUCCCCAUGUAAGAUUUCUACUAUUUAAUCUUGAACCUCUUUGUCCUCUCUGGCCAUAAAACUUGACAGUCAUGAAAGGUAAGGUAUAUAUUAGAUAGAAGUUUUAAAUAUAUACCUACUCCUUUUAAAAAUUAUAUCUAACAUUGUAAAGCAAUUAUACUCCAAUAAAGAUGUUAAAAAAAAAUAUUGAAACACCAUGAGGGUAAAGGAUGUUUUUAAAUGGGCAUUUUGAAAUUGUUUAAUCAUAGAAACCUGCUCCAAUAAUUUUUCACUGUUGGAAAGGAAAAGGAAAACAACACUACACAAAAAUCACUUCCUUGUUUGUUUAAAGAUGUCAAACUGGUAGUAGGAAAACCUACCAU